UAGGGCGAACACACAGCCUUGAGAAGAAAACCGGAGACUAAAAACAGAAUUCUAAGACCGAAAUCCCAAAUUCGAAUUCCGAAUUCCGGCUAACUGAAACCGUUUUUCAAAAAUACCAAACACCAAAAAACCAUAACAAAUGUGCAAAACUUUUCAACAAAUGGGAAAGACCUAAAAAAACAUAACAAAUUCCAAAUACAUUUUUUCCAAGUUUUUGUUUCUGUGCUCUGUGACCAUAAAAACUCAUGCAAAAAUAAAUAGAAUAUUUCCUGAAUGCCGGGAAUUUAUCAGGAUGAAUGCAACUUUUUGAGGGCUGACCAACUGACGCACACCAUUAGCACCGCAUAGAUCCUGGACAUGCCGGACCUUUCCAAUUAGGGAAAUCUGAGCUGGGAAAUCCCCUCGAAAGAACACUUGCAAUGGACAACAGCACGGACGUACUGUACCAGUACCGCCUCGCACCCUCCGCCAGUCCGGAAGUGGAAAUGGGGCUUGGGGAUACCCGACAUUUCCCGGGUGGCAACCAGUCGCACCUGGGCAUCCCCUCUCCCAUUCCCGACCACGGAAAUGAGAGUCUGGACUACGCCAACUACCAACAAAUGGUCGGCGCUCAGUGCCGCACAGUGGACAACAACAUCAGCUACUGGAACCUGACCUGCGACUCUCCCCUCGAUUACGCAAUGCCCCUCUACGGAUACUGCAUGCCCUUCCUGCUGAUCAUCACCAUCAUCUCCAACUCCCUGAUCGUCCUCGUUCUGAGCAAGAAGAGCAUGGCCACGCCCACCAACUUCGUGCUGAUGGGAAUGGCUAUUUGCGAUAUGCUGACUGUUAUAUUUCCGGCACCGGGCCUCUGGUAUAUGUACACAUUCGGCAAUCAUUAUAAGCCCCUGCAUCCGGUCUCCAUGUGUCUGGCCUUCAGCAUUUUCAAUGAGAUUAUGCCAGCCAUGUGCCACACCAUCUCCGUUUGGCUAACUCUCGCCCUCGCCGUGCAAAGGUACAUCUACGUGUGCCACGCCCCCAUGGCCAGGACCUGGUGCACGAUGCCGCGGGUGAGGCGGUGCACGGCGUACAUCGCCCUGCUGGCCUUCCUGCACCAGCUGCCCCGCUUCUUCGACAGGACCUACAUGCCGCUGGAGAUCGAGUGGAAUGGCGAUGCGACGGAGGUAUGCCAUUUGGAGACGGCAGUCUGGGUGCACGAGUACAUUGGGGUGGACCUGUACUACACCAGCUACUACCUGUUCCGCGUGCUGUUCGUCCACCUGCUGCCGUGCAUCAUCCUGGUGACCCUGAACAUCCUGCUCUUCGCGGCCAUGCGGCAGGCGCAGGAGCGGAGGAAGCUGCUCUUCCGCGAAAACCGGAAGAAGGAGUGCAAGAAGCUGCGGGAGACCAACUGCACCACCUUAAUGUUGAUUGUGGUGGUCUCCGUGUUUCUCCUCGCCGAAAUACCCAUUGCCGUGGUGACCGUGAUGCACAUCGUGAGCUCCCUGAUCAUCGAGUUCCUCGACUACGGCCUGGCCAACAUCUGCAUCAUGCUGACCAACUUCUUCCUGGUGGUCAGCUACCCGAUUAACUUCGGCAUCUACUGCGGCAUGUCGCGCCAAUUCCGGGAGACCUUCAAGGAGAUAUUUCUCGGCCGGCUGAUGGCCAAGAAGGACACCUCCACCAAGUACUCCAUUGUCAAUGGCGCUCGCACCUGCACCAACACCAACGAGACGGUCCUCUAGUAAUUGGUGAUGUUGGUGCCGCGGCGGGGCAGCAGCGACCAUCGUCGCACCACCACCGCCACCAGUACAACCACAGCCACCACCAGAUGUGGUGCGGUGGUCAUCGGCGGUGGCGAGCCAACUGCGCAGCAUCAGCAUCAGACUCACAUCCAGAUUCAAAUUCAGGGCCAAGGCCAGCAGCGAAGAAUCAGCACCAUGGACAUCAUCGCAGAGGAGCGGAAUGUCUAGACUUGUAAGUUGGCCGCGCAAAUCUUCGAAACUUUCAAACAUCGAUAGCUUGGGCCUAAUGGAAAUUUGUGCUUUAAAAAUAUUUAUGUAUAUAUUUUUUUCUGAGAAUCCCAAGUUAUUUAAAACUUUUAGGUUUAUCAUAUUAUUUUUUUCCCAAUUUACUGUAGACAAAUUUUAAUUGUUUUCCUUUUAAAUAAAA